GUACAAGUCGUUAUCGAUACGGCGACGGCGACGACUGCGACGACGGUGACCAUCGAAGAGUUGUAUCCCGACAAUAAUAAUAUCACAAGUCACAGAAAAUAUCAAACCGAUAAAAAUCUCGUCACCGACACGCAGAUAUCGUCCGAACCCGUACCGAGAAUUGUCUAAGUGUAGUCAUAUUCAUCUACGGACGACAUUCACCGCGCAGCAGCAGAAAUGGCCACGAAAACCUUAAUUUUGCCCACGCCGGAAAAGUUGAAGGAGAUUUACCAGGACCUGGGCAUGACCGAAGAAAAGAUCGACGCAGACGUGCAGACCAUCGUGGAAUGGAUGCGUAAACAGCCCCAUCUCCCCAACCCUGAUGGCGAUGAACGAAGAAUUCGUUUGUUUUUAAUUCUUUGCAAAAACAGUUUGGAGAGGACCAAAGAGUCUUUGGAUCAAUAUUACACAUUAAAGUCAAUGGUUCCAGAGUUCUUCGGUGACAGAGAUCCUACUUCACCACCACUCUUGCGAUCGAUGAAAACAUCGCUUUUCAUUCCUCUACCGAAACUGACACCGGAAGGCUACAGGGUCUCCCUAAGUCGUAUCAGAACCCCGGAAAUAGAUAAUUUCGAAUUCUCAGACUACGUCAAGGUCAACUUUAUGUCCAUCGAUAUUAGGCUGUCCAAAUUGGAUAUGUUCAAAAAGGAAAUAUUCAUCUUCGACUUGAAAGACAUCAACAUGGCUCUUCUGACCACUAUGGUACCGCAUAUGAAGAAGUUUGUCUACUGCGCAACAACGGCCUAUCCGUUGCGGAUUCAAGAAAUCCACAUUAUCAACAUGCCCAGCUACGCUCAAACGAUGGUCAACAUGGUGCUGAGUGUUUUGAAAAAGAAAAUCGCCAACAGAAUUAAAAUCCACAGCAGCCUGGAAGAUAUGAAGAAGCACAUCGGUGUGGACAUCCUGCCUCUGGACUACGGCGGUACUUUCCCGAAAACUAGCGAAGAACUAAUUGUUGAUUGGCAAGAAGAAUUGAUAAAACACAGGGAAUGGUACCUAUCUCAAAAUUCGGUCAAUUGUGAUGAGAACAAAAGGACGAAGAAACCUUGCGUUAAGGUGAAUAUGUUGGCUGGAGUUGAAGGCUCAUUUAGAAAACUCGAAGUCGACUAAUAUUUUUAUGUUUAGUUUUUAGAAAUAGUGUUUUUUUUUUUUUGUGAAUUGAUUUAUUUUUUGUUUUAUAAGUUUAUCUGACAUAGACUCAAUAGGUAUUGUACAGUGUUUAGUUUUUUUCGGUGAUAUUAAUAACAUGCGUUUUUUAUGUAACCUAUAUGAUUAGUAGUAGGUAUAAGUCAAUCUUUCAUAUUUUUUAAAUAGAAACUGUACAGUAGUAUGUGACUUUUAAAAAAAAUGUGUAGUUUCUACCUUUAUUCUUAACUUCUUUCGAGUUCAUUUUUAUUAUACGCUCACCCAUGAUGCAGUUAUAAGUAUUUAUAGCUUUUGGCUGUACGAUUUCCGCGAGUUUAUAUGAAUACAAAUGGUUCAACACGUAAGCACCGACCCAAGACCCUAUUAAAUAUAUUACAUAAUUUUAAAUAAAUAAACGAAAAAGAACAUUUUCAGACAACCCAACAGUUACACGUGCGUUUGAGAAAUGCAUUUAUUAAAAUUACUUUGAAAACUUAUAUUUUUUUAGUAAUCGUCGUAUACAUCAUAAUAUUUUUUCGGUCAAACUCCAAAGGCGAUUCUAGAAUGUUAAUAAUUGUACUUACUUAUAUCAUUUGUUUCAUCCUAAUGACUUCAUCAGUGCUUCAAUUGUGGUGAGAGGGGAGAAAUCCUCUACAAUUUAAAAUAAUAUAUAUAUAUAUUUUUUUUAGAGCACCCUAUACUUAUUAUUUUUAUUAGAAUUGGAGGAUGGUACGUUAUUUAUAAAAAAACAUUAUUUUUUGUAAUUUUUAUUUCGUAAAAUUGUAUUGAAUAUAAUAAUGAAAUUCAAUUCGAUACAUUUUACAACGUAUUAUUGUUAUGAUACCGCUAGCAACUAAGGAAUAUAAUGUAAUUUUAAUUUAAAAAAAAUAUAUAAAUUAUUACUAUGGGUGUACCUACAUUAAAUUUUGAUUUAUUAAAAAUAUUUUUAAAAUUAA